UAUGAUUUUUAAUAAUCAUAUUCAUUUUACUAAUUUCUCCAAUUCUCCAUUCUCAUCUAAAUUGACUACAUCUGUAUAUCCACCAACAAACUUUUAUUUUAUGAAUAUCAUUGGAAUUGUACUCCAUUUCAAUUUAACUANUAAUUCAGGGAAAUGUCUAUAGACACUAGUAGGACAUAAUUAUGAAAUAGUUUGUACAUCUUUUGAUCCUCAUUCUUUGAUUGUGGCUACAGGAUCAAUGGAUAAAACUGCUAGAUUAUGGGAUGUAGAAACAGGAAAGUAAAUAGCUAGAUUAGAUGGACAUGAAGGUGAAAUUGUGAGUUUGCAUUUCAAUUCAGAUGGAGAUAAAUUAUUAACAGGUUCAUUUGAUAAAACUGCAAUGAUUUGGGAUGUGAGAUCUGGAGAGUGUAUUCAUAUGUUAGAUGAACAUACAGGUGAAAUUUCAAGUACUUAAUUUGAAUUUACAGGUGAUUAUUGUGCAACUGGAUCUAUUGAUAAGUAAUCAAUAUAUUUUCAUUUAGGACUUGUAAAAUAUGGGAUAUUAAAACAGGUAAAUGCAUAGAAACUUUGAGAGGACAUAAAGAUGAAGUUUAAGAUAUUUGUUUCAAUUCUACAGGUUCAUUAAUCUAUUUAUUCUAGGCACUAGAUUAGUGACAGUUUCAGCAGAUGCUACUGGAAGAGUAUACAAUGUGCAUACUGGAGAAUGUAUAGCAUAAUUACUUGGACAUAAAGGAGAAAUAUCCAAAGUUUAAUUUAAUCCUUCUGGUAACAAGAUCAUUACUGCCAGUGCAGACAAUACUGCUAGAAUAUAGUAUGUUUUCAUUAAUAACCUUAAUAGUUCAGAAACUGGAGAGUGUUUAUAAGUACUUGAGGGACAUACAGAUGAAAUAUUUAGUUGCUCAUUUAAUUAUGAAGGAGACAUUAUUAUUACAGGGUCUAAAGAUAAUACAUGUAAAAUAUGGAAAGAAGUAAAUUUGCCAGUCAAAAAAAAUUGAAC